AUGGCGACCAAGACAAAGGCAAUCGUCUCCUACGACACCCACGCCAACGGCGGCUGGCGAAUGGAAGAUGUAACCGUCCGCGCACCCGGCGAGGGCGAGCUCCUGGUCGAGAUGGUGGGGUCAGGCAUCUGCCACACCGACGUGCUGGUCGGCGGUCUCCCGGGCGGCGCGGCGCCAAUUGCGUUUUAUCCGCGUGUUCUGGGGCAUGAAGGAGGCGGCUACGUCAAGAGCAUCGGCCCGGGCGUCACAGUCGCCGAGCCGGGCGAUCCGGUGCUGCUAUCCUACGCCUUCUGCCAGAGCUGCGCAAUCUGCACGGCCGGCCACCACUCGCACUGCCCGGAGUUUGCGGCGCUGAAUUUCGCGGGCCCGUACGCCACGUUUACGGACAAGGAGGGGGCGGAUAUCUCGGGGCAUUUCUUCGGGCAGUCGAGCUUUGCACACUUGUCCGUUGUGAAGCAGUGUAGUGUUGUUAAUGCCAAGGGCCUGGUGAGGGAUAGGCGGGAGCUGCAGCUGUUUUCGCCGCUUGGAUGCGGCAUCCAGACCGGCGCCGGCACAAUCAUCAACGCCGCCAAGGCAACCCCCGACGACAUCGUCGUCGUCAUGGGCCUCGGCGGCGUCGGCCUCAGCGCCAUCAUGGCCGCCAAAAUCCAGCGCUGCCGCAUGAUAAUCGGCCUCGACCGCGUGCCCUCCCGCCUCGCCCUCGCCCACGACCUCGGCGCAACCCACACCAUCAACGGCUCCACCCUCGACCCCUCCAAAACCCUCGUCGAAACCGUCAAAGCCCUCGCCGAAGGCCACGGCCCCACCGUCACAGUCGACACCACGGGCGUGCCCGCCCUGAUCCGCGACGGCAUCCAGUUCACGCGCAACUGCGGGCGCAUCCUGCAGGUUGGCAGCGCGCCCUUUGACUUCAAUCUCGAGCUCAACACGUUUGAGUUUAUGAUGAGCGGGAAGCAGUUUCUGGGCGCGAUUGAGGGCCAGGCGUAUCCGCCGGAGUUUGUGCCGAGGAUGAUUGGCUGGUAUCGCGAGGGCAGGUUUCCGAUUGAGCGGUUUAUGAAGUUGAUUCCGGCGGGGGAGUUUGAGCUGGGCUUGCGGGAGAUGCAUGAUGGGACGACGAUUAAGCCGAUUUUGUGCUGGUCGUAG